AUGGCUCACACCAUCACCUUCUCUCGUCUCCACUUGUCGUGCCGUUCACGCACAACCUCCAGCGUCAGAGACGGCGGCAUUGCCCUCAACACUUCAAUCUUCAAGAGGAGAUCCCCAUUUGCUCGAAAGGAGAUCAAGACGCAAGGCAUCCAAAUUCAUAAUCACCGCAAGCUCGCCCAAGUAUUUACUUCGACAAGUGAAACUCACCCCAUGCCGAGAUCAAGCUCUCCGGGCGAGAGAGCAAUGCAACUGUAUGAAUGCAUCAAUGAGAAAAACUUCAAGGCGCUGGAUGAGAUCAUCUCGGAAGAUUGCUGCUUUGAGGACUUCUCCUUUCCCACACCAUUCAAGGGGAAAAAGGAGGUCUUGCUCUUCUUUGCACAACUCACUUCCAGCAUGGGCAAGAAUGUCAAAUUCAACCCCAAACACAUCAGCGAUGACGAGGAAACGGCGUGGGUAAAUUGGCACCUAGAAUGGAGAGGAAAUGAGAUACCUUUCACAAGAGGCUGCAGCUUCUAUGAAUGCUCAAAAGAUGGAGAGAGACUGGUCCUUAGGAAAGCUCAAGUAUUUGUCGAGUCGCCAAUCAAACCGGGAGGCAUAGUGCUGAUUCUCUUAAAGACCAUCACAUCGUUGUUUGACGAUUUUCCGACGGCGACUGAAAGAUUCCUAAAGAGUCCUCAUGCAAUCAUGCAAUGGGCAAUGCGUAUCUACAAUAUGUUUCUGGCGCCAUUUAUCGGCACCCUACUAGCAAGCUACAUAAACUCCUGGAAAUUUGUGGUCCGAAUGAUCGGCUGUGCUCUCGGCAUGAUUAUCUUCAUUCUUAAACUCUUCUUCAACUAAUCAGACACUAUACACUAUACCGCAUUGAAGAUCGCCUGUCAGUCAUCAUUUCCAUGGCGACUAUUCCAUGUUUCAAACAGAGAGAGAAGAACCAGUGGUCCAAGCACGGGCGGAAACGGCGGUGGCCUGCUGAAGGCCACGAUGGGUUCAGUCUUUUCGCGGGGAUUUGGCAUUCCCGAGUCGCUUUUCCCUUGUUUAAGUGGUGUCGAACGCGUCAAAAUACCUGAAAUUAUCGUAUUGUUGUUACUGCCAAGAUUGUAAAAUCAUACUGAGGGGAAAAAAAAAAUUAAGGAAUCUAUGAAUUUGCCCCAUGAUCCUUUAAUGCAGUUGAUUUGCUUCA